AUGUCUCAAUAUCUUGCGGCACUUUAUGGUGACGAUGAUGACAAUGAAGAUGAAUAUUAUUCAUCAUCCAAUGAUGAAGACUCUUAUUCCGAUCAAGAUCCAUACAAUGAAAAUCAAGAAGAAUUAGUAACUUCAGAAGAAAAUGAUGAAACAGUUCCAUAUGAACCAACUUCUCCCAAAUUCAGCGGAUUGAUCACCUCUUGGUCCCAUCCUCAACUAUUUCCUCCGAAACCUUCCUUGAAAAACAUUGUUCCCUCCUUGUCGCGCUCAAAAAAGAAGCCUGAACGUGUGAUUGAAUAUAUUGAUCAAGAGGAGGCUCAACAGUAUCAAGACAAGAUGUUUCAUUCUCAACAACAAUUGGAACAAUGGAAUCAUACGUACCACAAGUUCACGAUGAAUGAAAAGACAAGUAUCAUUACCAAAGUUCCCGUACGAUAUGUUGAAUCUCAUAAAUUAAUUUAUGAAAAAGUCGAUCAUUUGAGUUCAACAGCCAAGACUAGUAAAUCAUCUAGAGAUUCGAUUCAAGCAAAGGUGGUGGACAUGAGUUAUGACUUGGCACUUUCAAAUAUAGUAGGAUGUUUGUCGUCUCAAUACAUUUUCCUGUCAGGAGGAGAAAAGCAUGGAAAUGCCUAUCAACAAAUCCUAGCCUUUGAUAUUCACAACAAGAAAUGGCAUAAUUUUACAGAAAUUUACAAUGGUUAUUACAGCUACUUGUGUAGAAAUGACAUUAUUAAUCCACCACCGACAAAGGAUCACAUUCUCGUCGAACUCAGUGGUAAUUUGAUUUGGGCCAGUUGGACCAAUUUCUUUUUCAUACGUUCACCUUCUUUGAAUCUAGAGGGCGCUGCAUUUUCUCGACAAUGGUGUCCUGUGGCCAUAGAGGCAUAUGACACCAUUGAUUACACGACCAAUUAUUCAUAUAGUACUUUUCAAAACAAGUUUUGGAUUUUUGGAGGACGAAGUUUGGAAACCAAACAAGUCACGAAUCAAUUGGUAGAAUUUGAGUUGGGUCGAGCAAGCUAUACCAGCAUUGGUUUGAAACAACGAUUAGUAUCGAGUGAAAGACCUCCUUUACCGAGAGAAAAUCAUGCUCAAUGUCAAGUCGAUGAUAAGAUUUUCAUCUAUGGAGGAAACUAUAUGGAAACUCAUCAAUUGUUAAAUGAUUUACAUAUUUACAACACAAGUGCAAAACUGUGGAUUGAGAUUGAUUUGAGCUUUUCUCCUCCUCCCAUGAGAAAUCACUCCAUGUGUUCUGUGGGAAAGUAUAUUUAUUUGAGUGGUGGUAUUUUAGGAAAUAACAAAAUUGGUGACGUCUUGUAUCGAUACAAUGUCCACAAGGAAACAUUUUCAGUCGUCAUGCCAAACCAUCAGGAUGCUCUUGUGUGUGCUGCUGGAAGAGCAUACCAUUUCAGUAUUGCAAUUCAUGACCAUAUUUUACUCGUAGGUGGUUUGUGUGACUUGGAAAAUCGAAAAUAUGCACCACAUGCAGCACUCCUUCAUCAUACCUUAGAUGAUGGUGUUGAAAAUAGUGCCUAUGUCUAUCUUAAACAUCAAUUUUCAAAACAAAAACAAGGAGAUUUAGAGAAUUAUGAUCUUGUACUGAGAGUGGCAGAUCGUCUCAAUGGUGAAUCACAUUACCUCUAUGGACAUCGAACUCUUCUGAUGACUCGAAGUGAAUAUUUUAAGAAAUUACUCAAAGAAAUGGAUUCUCAACAAGUAGAAUAUUCAGAAGAUGGAACUAAAAUGGUCAUGAAUAUUGACAAGUAUCAUUUAGAUGCCAUGCAAGUUUAUGUGACAUUCCUCUAUACUGGAAAUGUAAUUUUACCUGAAGACGUGGAAGAAUCAUGUUUACAAGAAAUUGUAGAAUUAUCAAAAUUUGAUUAUCCCAAGCAUGAAAUAUUUUCUGACAUUUCACAUCGAAAAAAGAUUUAUAUGGAUUCAUCAGCACAGAUUUUACGAGAAUUGAAAAGAGAUUUUAACCAAUUAUAUUCACAAGUUGAACAAACGAUUGACAACCAUACACUCUCAGAGCCAAGUUUUGAAAAUUCCUACGCCGAUGUGACCAUUCAAAUUUUAGAUCCUCACACUCAUCAAGUAGUACAUCAAUUAAGAGCUCACAAAAUCUUCUUAUCUCGAUCCUCAUACAUGGAAGCUGUAUUUUCCUCAAAGAUGGAAGAAUCCACGACUGGAAUUAUCAAAUUCAACGAAAUUUCACUCAAAGGUCUUUUAUGCGUUUUGAAAUAUUUAUACACGAAUCAAAUUGUCAUUUCGAUUGAUACGGCCAUUGAAGUACUCCUUUGUGCAUUGCUCUUCCAAUUGAAUGAAGUUGCCAAUCAUGCCAGAGGCAUUGUGCGUGACCAUAUUACAGUCGAAAAUGCAUUAGAACUUGUGGCUUUGGCAGAUGUUUAUAAUGACAUUUCCAUUCGUAAUCAUUGUGUCAAGAUUAUUUCAGAAAAUUACACAGAGCUUUCGGGUAGUGAAGCGUUUCGAAUGCUUCCUGAAAAUGUCAAGUCAGAAGCAAGAGAAAAGUAUCUGUACAAGUUGAGAAAAUUGUCAAAACAAAAGACAAAAAAGUUUAAUAAUCAUACGAAUGAAUAA